UUACUAACAUAAUGAUAUGUUCAAAAGUAAUAAAACGCGCUCGAUAUCCCUGUUUAUUUUAUUGACCACUCGCCAGAUGUUUGCGCAUUGUUUUCCAGUGCGCAGUAGGUUCUCUGUCGUGAAAUCGGGAUUCUGUUUUAGUAUUACAUCUAUUCUGCCAUUUUGAAAAUAGUGGGGUGUAUGGAUUAGACCUAGUGUUUUUUAUGUGACAAAUAUGUCCGGGAGCAAUGAUAAAGUGUCGACAACGCAACGUAUGAUCCAAAGUGUUGCUUUUCCACCCAGCCAUAAGCUCACUGUAUCUGAAGUAUUUGAUGAAAAAACUGGAAAACCUAUACCAGAUGUACUGAAGCAACACUUUAUCUUAGAGGGCCGAAUUGAGGAAAAUGCAGCCUUACGAAUUAUUCAAGAUGGUGCCACCCUAUUACGAUCUGAAAAAACUAUGAUCGAGAUUGAUUCACCGGUGACCGUGUGCGGAGACGUCCAUGGCCAGUUUUACGAUUUGAUGAAACUGUUUGAGGUGGGAGGCUCUCCCUCAUGCACCAAGUAUUUAUUCUUAGGUGAUUAUGUCGACCGAGGUUAUUUUAGUAUAGAAUGUGUCCUUUACCUGUGGGCUUUGAAAUUAUGUUACCCGAAGACAUUAUUUCUAUUACGCGGCAAUCACGAAUGCCGACAUUUGACAGAAUAUUUUACUUUUAAACAAGAGUGCAAAAUUAAAUAUUCCGAAAAAGUGUAUGAUGCCUGUAUGGAUGCAUUUGAUUGCUUACCAUUAGCUGCGCUUAUGAACCAGCAGUUUUUGUGUGUGCACGGGGGACUGUCACCCGAAAUUAACAGCUUAGAUGAUAUUCGAAAACUAGAUAGAUUCAAAGAGCCACCAGCAUUUGGAGCUAUGUGUGAUCUGUUAUGGUCAGAUCCUCUCGAAGAUUUUGGCAAUGAAAAAAACGCUGAACAUUUCUCGCACAACUCAGUAAGAGGUUGUUCCUACUUCUACAGCUAUGCAGCAUGCUGUGAUUUCCUGCAGAGAAACAACUUAUUAUCUAUUAUACGCGCUCAUGAAGCUCAAGAUGCAGGCUAUCGUAUGUAUAGAAAAAGCCAAACCACUGGUUUCCCAAGUCUCAUCACAAUUUUCUCAGCCCCUAACUACUUGGAUGUGUACAAUAACAAAGCUGCUGUUCUUAAGUAUGAGAACAAUGUAAUGAAUAUCAGACAGUUCAAUUGUUCCCCGCAUCCGUACUGGUUACCCAACUUUAUGGAUGUCUUUACCUGGUCUCUACCAUUUGUUGGUGAAAAGGUGACAGAAAUGUUGGUGAAUGUUUUGAACAUCUGCUCUGAUGAUGAGCUGAUUGCAGAAGGUGAUGAUGCACUGGAGGAGGCUAAUCUCAGAAAAGAAGUCAUACGUAACAAGAUACGAGCCAUUGGUAAGAUGGCACAUGUAUUCUCAGUACUCCGUGAAGAGAGCGAGUCAGUUUUGCAACUAAAAGGGCUUACACCAACUGGUGCCUUGCCUCUGGGGGCACUUUCGGGCGGCAAAACAUCUCUCAAGAAUGCUUUACAAGGCUUUUCCCCUAACCACAAAAUUACAUCUUUUGCGGAGGCUAAGGGCUUGGAUGCUAUCAAUGAGCGUAUGCCACCACGUCGCGAUGAUCAGCGUACUCCAGAUUCACAGGACAAGAAAGGUCAUGUGAACAGCAACACCCACUCGUGAAGUGUUUGUCGUUAUUUCUCUUCGAUCCUUACUUUUUAGCCCACUAACGGAGUGGUAGUGAAAUAUUGUGAAGGAGACUCAGCUACGGAAUGUAUGAUAUUUCACAUUCAAUCAAAAUGGGUGGAUUUGAAGGGAAUUGUCAUUAUAGAUACUAAAUAUUUUUAAAUUUGGAUUUAAACUUUUUUUCAAUAGUUGAAAUUAAAAUUUCUCUUUAAGAUAUUACCUCUCGAUAUUUAAAAUAUGUCAGAUCUGCAGGCAACAAAUUUAUUUAGUCAAUUAAAUAUUAAGGUAUGCACAUUAAUUUAUAAUGCGCUGCACUGUUUAAUUUUUGGUAAUGUAAUUUUUAAAAUUUCAUAUGAAAAGACAUGAUAUUGUAAUGUAAAUUUAUUCAGAUUGUCUACUUAUACUCUACAUUGUUAUCCACAUUAGUGAAAAUUAGACAUGUCUAUAAUUUUCAAAGCAUAAUUAGCUGUGAUAUUAAGCGAUCAUAUGUUAUUUAAUAGCGAUCAGCUAGCAGAAGUAUGGGCAUGUUCAUUGGCUAAUCAUGCAUUGAAAUAUGUAAAGUGGUGAGGUUCGCAGCUUGGGCGUGUCUUUAUAUUCUAUUAAGUAAUAACUAAUAAAAUGAAUUAUGUACUAUAGUGUGCAGCACGUGGUGUGUUAUUGCCAUGCGUGUGUGCUGUGUAAAUAUGCCUUGUGCGUACACACACGUUAUUGCAGCUUUAACACUUGGGAUAAAUAUUACUCUCUUUAAUAUCUUUGCUACAAGUUGUACUUAAUUGUAUUUUAUUGUACAAAAUAUAUUAAUUACUAUCUAUAAACUAUACUUAAAAAUUAAUUUAUAUACUUGGGUGUAUGCUGGCCUCUUGUUGCCUGCAUGCAGCUGAACCUGUAUGCUGGAACAUCACAUUAAUAAAUUUUCUUAGUCAUAAUGUUUCGGUAUAUAAGGUGUAGUGGCUAGUCUAAUUGCAGAUUUUCUUACAGCUUCUAUUCCAAGUUUCACUUAUAUAUUUAAAUAGGUUUAAUGACCUUUGCACUGUUGGAAAAUCUCUUUUGGUCUGCCAAAGAUUAUUUAUUAAUCAAUGCAAUAACUUCUUAUUGUGAAAACUAAAGUGGCUUACAUAAUUUUCAAAGUCAGUUCUGAGAAUUUUAUCUCAAUUCAGUGUGUAGUCCUUCAUAUGUUCUGUAUUUUUAAAUAAAUUUUACCUAUGUAAAGAAAACUAACAAUAUAUCUUAUUUUAUUUUGUACUAAUCAUGGGAAGUGUUGUUUUAUCCUUAUAAAAUAUAUUAACAUUGAGCUCUAAGUAUUAUAGUUUCAAUAAAUCAAUCCUAAUCUAAA